AUGGAAGAACUGCUGCCACUAGUUGGAAUGACACUGCUGGGCAUUUUUCUCUUUGCCAGCAUCGAGUUUGAGGACAGGCACAUCAAUUCCAAGAACAAUGGACCUAAGCAAAUAGCACUAAAGAUGGCAGCUCUCUCAGAUAAAAUGGAAACAAUUAGACUAAAUUCAGUCAAUUUGAAGCAUUUUCUGAUGAUUGCCAGGGGUGGCAUGACCAAGAAGACCCUUCCGGCUGAAUCACAUAGCGACAAUGAGCCAAAGCUAGCUGAUAGUACAGACGGACAAAUUGUUGAGUUGAGUGGGCAGUUAGGUACUGACGUAAAUGAAAGCGUAAUCAAAGACAUUGAGGAUAAACUGUUGAAACAAUACCUUGAUGCGCUAGGCUGUGAAAGAAUAAAUAAACAGCUGAGUCGGCAGCUGCAGAUUAGUAAUAUGGACUGGUGCCUAUACCGCCUACAAGGUACACUAGAACACAAAGCUAAGAUAAUUGAGUCGGUUGGAGUGCAGAUUCUAUUUUGGGCCAUGGUCGUCCAAAUGCUCACGUACAUGAAGGCCCUCAACGUGGGAGUCAUGAUACCCGUGACCAUUGAUCUGCUGGCCUCCUAUCUGUACAGACUCCAUAAGGUGCUCGACGUCGCGUUGACCCUGCGCAAAGUGUACUCAAAGAAAUGUUUUAACGAUGUAAAAUGGGAUAAACUGAGCACGUGGGCCCACACUCAAGUAACAGUUGCACGUAGUGAAUACACAGUAGCAAACACACACUUGCGUAACACGAACGUAAGCCUUUGA